UUACAACACACACAGGCGGCGUUGCCGCUGCUGCCUCUGACAAGGAUCACUAGCAGACGAUAAGCGUUACAGCCACUUGGGUGUAUAGAAGGCCUUCCAGCCACAAAACACCCUGCAUUGCUUCCGUUUUGGACUUAAACAUGCGUACCAAGAUCGUGGAAUGCGUGCCCAACUUUUCCGAGGGCCAGGACCAAGAGGUUAUUGACGAGAUUGCAAAAGCCAUCAAGACUACACAGGGCGUAUCUCUGCUGGGUGUUGAUCCAGGUUCCUCAACAAACCGAACUGUGUACACUUUUGUUGGCUCACCCGAUGCAGUCAUCCAGGGAGCGCUCAAUGCUGCUAGAGUUGCCUACAAACGCAUUGAUAUGACCAAGCACAAAGGAGAGCAUGCCAGGCUUGGGGCGCUGGACGUGUGCCCAUUCAUCCCCGUUAAGGAUGUUGAGAUGGAGGAAUGCGUCUAUUGUGCCAGAAAGUUUGGAGAGAAGCUCUCGGCAGAGUUGAACGUUCCUGUUUAUCUCUACGGGUUUGCAGCACAGCAGGACUACAGACGUAGUGUGCCGCAAAUUCGUUCAGGGGAAUACGAAGGACUCUGCGACAAGAUCCUAAAGCCUGAAUGGAGACCCGACUAUGGACCAGCAGAGUUUGUACCACAAUGGGGAGCCACCAUGUCAGGGGCUCGCAAGUUUCUCAUUGCAUACAACAUCAACAUCCUCUCUACCAAGGAGCAGGCACACCGCAUUGCCCUCGACAUAAGAGAGGAAGGAAGGGGAAAGGGGCAGCCUGGUCUUCUCAAAAGCAUACAGGCCGUAGGCUGGUGGCUCGAAGAAAACAACAUUGCACAAGUGUCAGUGAAUGUCCUGGACCAUGACAUCACACCAGUUCAUGUAGUGUAUGAGGAGAUUUCAAGAAUUGCAAAAUCGUUAAAGCUAGCAGUUACAGGCUCACAGAUAGUGGGUGUCGUUCCUCUCAAGGCCAUAUUAGCGGCAGCUGAAUUUUACAUGAAAAAGGAAAGCCUUUUUGUUCUCGAAGAGGACCAGAAAGUCCACCUGGCCAUCAACCGGCUUGGCCUCAACUCACUUGGCCCAUUUGAUCCGUCGGAGCGCAUCAUCGAAUACAUGCUGCCUGAUGAUAGACUGGGCCCAUUGGCACAGAAAACCUUGUGCCAAUUCAUUCACGUUGUCGGAGCCAGGACGCCCACGCCAGGAGGUGGUUCCGUUGCUGCUGCAGUAGCCUCUCUUGGUGCUGCUCUGGGAGCCAUGGUGGGCAAGAUGACCUAUGGCAAGCGGCAAUGGGAGCGCUACGACGAGCAGAUGCGUCGACUCAUUCCUGUAAUGCAUCACACCAUGGAUGAACUGCUGCCCAUGGUAGACGCUGACACUGGUGCAUUCAAUGACUACAUGGCUGCUCACAAGCUGCCCAAGAACACGCCUGAAGAGGAAGAAGUCCGUGAGGCUGCAAUGCAGGCUGGCCUAAAGAAAGCCAUUGCCGUCCCGCUGGGUGUGGCCCGAUCUGUCAGCAAGCUGUGGGACACUGCCAGGGAACUGGCCUCCAUCAUCAACAUCGGCGCAAGAGCAGACCUGCAGGUUGGUGCACGCUGUCUUGAAACUGGUGUGUUUGGAGCAUACUGGAAUGUUAUCCUUAACUGUCAAGGCCUGCAGGACGAGGUCUACAGAGACGAGGUCAUGAAAGAAAUCGAACAGUAUCGACAAGAUGCAAUAAAAGGUUGCGCCGAUGUACUUGGCAUUCUAGAGAAGCGCAUAUCAUAGGUGUGGAGAUGCCAGCCUACACUACUUAAAAUCAAAGCAUUCCUGAAUUUUACUAGUACUGACAACACAUACUGUUGUGCAGGUCUGCAUGUGAGGGACAAGUUUGUAUACAGUUUACAGUGCGUUUAUACAUUUAUACAUUUUUAUACCUCCUGAUUUACCCUAUACAUAUGUAUUGCAUCUUACGACAGCUCUUUGACUACAGUUGGCCUCAUGUUAAUGGAUGCUUGAACUGACAAAACAUUUAUAUUUUUUCUGGGCAUUUUGCAAUGAAAAGCUUGUAAAGUCACACUUUUGUGACCGUAAUGUGGGAGCGAACUACUGUCCAGACGAAGUCUAGGACGGACUGUUUUGGUUUUUAUUUUGUCUGCAUUUGUUGUUUCUUAUAUAGUGCUGUUGUUGCAACAUUAAAAUUGUUGCCCUAAAUGCCUUAAUUAAAUUAUAUAUGUUGGAGUAUCUUAUUUACUUUAGUGCUGCAUCACAGCAUGUUAUUUGCGAGAGUACUGUGUUCCUUCAUACUUUUUUGUUAAAAGACAAAAGUUACUGAGAAAUGUCUGCAUGUGCCCUAAGAUACAGUAUGCAUUUCAUGGUCUAAGUACAUCCACACUGUUUUCACUACCAAAUUGUUGUAGCAUCACAAAUGUAUUGAUUGUGUUACGCAUUGUUGACAGCUUCAAACAAUUUCAAUAUUGUCACUCGGCAAUUGAAGCUCUUUCUUGCAGUUUAACGCAUCAAUACAUUAGCUCAAAAGCUGGGCAAUUUGAAAAUUCCUACACUGCACGGCACGGGUGAACGCAUUUGUUUGCCAGCUGCAGCAAGUGCUCAUUAGUGUGUUAUCGGUGAGUGCGCAAAUUAACUGAACCAAAUCCCGACUACCGGUUACAGUAGCUGAGCUGGGAAUACAGUACAAAACGUUUUACAGCACUAAAAUGAACCGUGUUUUACAUUUUUUGAAGUCACUAAAGGACAUCUGAAAGGAAAGCUGGGCUGAAUAUUCUGCGAGUUAUUUCAUAGCUAGAAUGUUCAUUGUUCCUGAGAAGAAAAAUGUAAGACAAAAUGUUAUCUGCUGAACAGAGGACAGUACGUGCCACAACAUCUGGUCGCUGGAUUCUAAGGCCAGCUGUGCACAUCCUCUACAGUUGAAAUGAAAGUGUUUCUGUUGAGAGUUCACAUUGCAUCAGAAAAUUUGCCGUGAUGCGCUCCUUCGGUCCAGAGCUUUCAGACUCCAUCACAGCAGGGGAGCACGAACGUUUCAUGAUGCAACAGUACGAAACUCUGCUGAACACAUUCUGCACUUUCAUGUGGUGCACAUAUGGAAAACAAAAAUGUAUUGACAAGCGGUAUGUCCUGGGCAUUAGGAUAGUGAUGCACCUAUGUUGCUGAUAUGCAAUCUACCAUGUGUGGAAUAACGAAGGACUGAUAUUUUCAUCAUACGGGUUAAGGUCAGGGUUAAGGGCAGCCAGCAUGUGAGCAGGACCGGCACGUCCUAGAUACUUGUACUACUGCCAGUCAUGUGAAAUGAAGUCACAGGAGCAUAAGAUGGGUGGCCUGUUGGUGGUAGGAUAAUGGUCAGUAAUGGUCAAGCAUACACAUUUUAAUGUCACCACCAGUGUAGGUACUUGAGGAGACUGUAGAGCUCUAAGCAUUUUUUUACACUGGACUUUUAAUAAACUUACUAAAGUCAAACUGUCUGUUCUGCGGUAGUGAAUGGAACAUUAUUGUUUUUAAAGUCUUUCAAGAAUGUUUCCCACGCUCUGAAUGUCAUAUCACUCUGAUGCUCAACAUGUGAAAUCCGUACCAAGCCCUCAAGCUACAUGGAGGCAUGGGCAGCUGUACUGUAGCGAAAGCGUGGUGGACACAAUAACAGCAUAACUGUGUGGUUGUGAACAAAGUAUUGUGCUGUAUAUCCUGAAACACACACUCCUGGUGAUAAAGUAUUUUGUCAAAUGUGUUCCUAUGUGUAGUGUGUCAGUGCUGCGUAACCAAAGCUGUAAGCUGCUUUUUAUCACACUUUGUGAGCAAAUGUAGAAGCAAUAAAGCAUGGAGGAAAUACAAGG